UAAUGACCGUGUCGUCAAAGUCCAUAUCAACAAAUACGCUUCGAUUUCAAAACAGUUUAGUGACUCUCAACCUUUGCGGGCACACGUUGAUGACGUAACGUGGCAGUGACCAAAAUCACUAGCAGCUAAGCUGGUGCAAGUUUGGAAUGCUUGUGGAGGCUACACGAAUUGAAAACUUGGUUGAAUUGUUUUGGCAACACUGUUCCAGAAAAGAUGUAUAGAAUUGUAAUUUUCGCAAUGUAGUUUUGUGGUCCAUCCGAAUUGUGUUGUACGUUGGAGAUGUAAAUAAAAGUUCAGACACCCAAUAUAAUGCCACCUCAACCUUAAUGUCAUUUGUGAAAGUCCUUGAAUACGAGUACAGUUCGACACUACGUUGUUGAGUGUUUAUGGGCAGCAAGUUGUAGGUAGUCCUGCAGUGUUAACGGGGUUUGCUUCGAAACUGUAAUUUAAUUAUUGCUCGUCAUGGAGGAAACCAAUCAAAAUUCAUGUCAGAUAUGUAAUCGCUGUGCAGGGAAGUACAUGUGUCCGCGGUGCAAUAUUUCGUUUUGCUCUGUCCAAUGUUAUCAGUCAGAUACACAUAGUGGGUGCUCUGAAACAUUUUAUAAGGAAAGUGUUCUAUGUGAACUAAAACUGGAAAACGAUGAUCCUGAAGGGCAAAGAAAAAUGCUGGAAAUACUUUCUAGGAUGCGAACGGAAGAACAGGAUGAAUUGGACUCAGAUGAUGAACGUGAUCUCAGUGAACGACUUGAAGGUGUGGACUUAGAUGAUGCUGAUUCUGUGUGGAAGUGUCUCACAGAAUGCGAGCGACAAGAAUUUGAAGCUCUUGUAAGAGAAGGCGAUAUUACAGAUGUCUUGCCACUCUGGGAACCUUGGUGGACUUACAGAAAAGAGAAAGCUCUUGUGCAGGAACUAGAUGAAGCAUGUUGUACUGAAGAGGAGCCGUACAUAAAAACUUGCCCUCCGCUAAAGACUGGCAUCCCUCAUUUUUCACAUUUAUCGAAACAUCCUCCAGCUCCUGAUGUGAAAUGGAACAUUAUAAAUGUUCUGGCAGCAUAUUGUUAUGUAGCAAGGUAUUUCAAUGGAGAUCAUAAAGAACAACCUCUCCAAGCUGCUUGUCUACUGGAACGGCUCUCUGGUGUUCUACGUGCAAACUUUAGCUACAAGUCGACAGAAAUAGCAGUUGACGCUGUAGUUCAGGAUAUUCUUUCUUGCUUUGGACAUACUGAAAAAACUAUUUAUGAUGAUGUAAUGAAAGUGCUUCGUGGACCUGAGGAAAGCAGACCUUAUUUCUAUGUACAGGCUGGCUUGAGUGAUAUCCAUCAUCUGUUUGCUCUUGCCUAUAAAAUAAAAAAAUCAGGUUCGAAGAGAAAAACUGGUGAAUUUAGCAAAUGCUUUAAGGAAUCUCUGUAUGAUGGCCAUGACAUAACAAAGGAACAACUCUUUCUUUUAAAAAAGAAAGUUGAGUAUUUUUUAGCAUGGGUGAAUGAAUAUUUAUUAAAUAAAGGACAAACUUUAGUAACGUAGUAAUUUUUGUGUUGACAUUCCAAACUUUUGUAUGGGAAAAGUAUUGUUUUCAUUUUAUAAUAAAAAUAAUAAAAAAGGA